AUGGCAUCGUCUCGCCCCAUCUCGGAGAGCACCAUCACGAGGUCGACGUGCGCGACGCGGACGGCGCGCGCCACGCACCAGUUCGAGAUCGUCGGGUACAGCCUCAAGAGGUGCCUCGCCGCCGGCGAGUUCGUCCGGUCCUCCGCCUUCGCCGCCUGCGGCUACAGGUGGUCCGUCCGCGUCUACCCCGGCGGGUUCGGGCCGGCGCACCGGGAGUUCGUGUCGGUGUUCGUCAAGAUGAUGACCAACAGGGGCAAGGCGGCGGCGCGGUUCGACCUCCGGCUGAUCGACCGCGCCACCGGGCUGCCCCGCUCGGUGUUCCGGGCGGCGCAGCCAGUGGUGUUCGACUACUCCGUCAAGCACAAGAAGUGCAAGGGCAAGCGGGGCACCCGCGCGUUCAUGCGGCGGCGCGACCUCGAGUCGUCGGCGUUCGUCCGCGACGACCGCCUCAUCGUCGAGGGGCAACCCUUCGCCGCCCACCGGAUCGUGCUCGCCAUGCGCUCGCCGGUGUUCAUGGCAUCGCUGUACGGGUCGAUGAGGGAGCACCGCGCGCCGCGGAUCGCCGUCGACGACAUGGAGCCGGAGGUGUUCGACGCGCUCCUCCGCUUCGUCUACAGCGACACGCUGGCGCUCCCCGGCGACCUCGGGGAAGGCGAGUACAAGGAGAUGGUGCGGCAGCUGCUGGAGGCGGCCGACCGGUACGCCAUGGACAGGCUCAGGGUGAUCUGCGAGCUCAUCCUCUCCAGGAGCCUCGACGCCAAGACCGUCGCGGCGACGCUCGCCAUGGCUGACCAGCACAGCACUACUGCGACGCGCUCAAGGAUGUUUGUGUUCAGUUCAUGGCCGUUGGGUUGGAUGACCACAAUUAAUGAUUGA